CACAGGUCAAGGGCUCCAGCAGCCCAAUUGUGAUCCUUCAUGAUGUGCCCAAACAGCCUGAAUCACAGCCCUCUGUCAGAUACAAACCAAAGACCACCAGAAUCAUUACCAGGGACCUGAUCCGGGACCUCAUGAAGCCCUGAAAAAGGCCCAGAUCGAGGAGCAGAAAAAGGCAGAACUGGAGGACAAGAGGGACCUUUGGAGAGAUGUAGAAGAGGAGCUGCAGCAGGAGGAGCAGAAGCUGCUGCAGCGAGCGACGAGGAUGAGGCUGGAGCAGGAAGAAGACAUGCGGGAACUGAACGCGCUGUUCCUCAAUGCCAAGUGCAACAUGAUCCGAGACAAGCAAGUCCUAGAGAAGCGGAUGAUCCACAAGGAACUGGUGGAGGAGGAGAAGCGCCUGGACAAGAUGAUGGAAGUGGAGCGGGAGAAGGGCAUGGAGGUCCAGGAGGAGCUGGAGCGCCAGAGGAAGCAGGAGCUGAUGAGAGCUCGGCAGGGCAUUGUGAAACAGAUGGAGCAGAAUGCAGAGGAGCGGGCGCUGAGGGCUGAGGAGCUGUACCAGGAGGGCCAGAGGCAGCUGGAGCGACUGGAGCAGAUGAAGAGGGAGGAUCGGAAGGCCUGGGAGCAGAAACAGGAGCGACUAAAGCAAAUCCAUGCUGAUAUUAAACGUUUCAAUGUGGAAAGCCAGAGGCUGAAGGAUCAACAGCGGGAGCAGGAGAGGCUGGAGGAUGAGCGGGUGCUGGAGCAGCAGCGGCAGAAGGCUGAGCGCGAGGCUGCCUUGGAGGCGGAGCGGCAACAACUGCGCCUGGAGAAGGAGAAGGAGCUGGCCUGGCUCAGAGCCACACAGGAGCAGGCCCAAGACUGGCAGGCAGAGCAGGAUGCUUUGAGGGCCAAGAGGAACCAAGAGGUUGCAGACCGGGAAUGGCGGCGGCAGGAGCUGGAGAAGGCGCGGAAGAAGGCUGAGCUGGAGCAGCAGCUGAAGCAGGACCGGCUGGAGCAGGUGGCCCAGAAGGAGCAGUACCUGGCCAUGCAGGUGCAGCAAGACCGCCAGGAAUUCCAGAGGGUGCUCAGGGCCCAUCAGGAGCAGCUGGAGCGGGAGAAGCUGGAGCAGGAGCAGAGGGAGCUCCGGCAGCGCGCCCAUGCCGAAGAUCUCCGGCGGCAGAUCCAGGAGCUGCAGCAGCGGCGGCAGAGGGAGCGGGCGGCCGUCAUUGAGGAGGGCCAGCAGCAGCAGCAGGAGGUCCGGCAGCGCAGCCAGCGCCUCACCCAGUUCAGGCAGCAGAAGCUGCAGGAGUUCAGCAGAGCCACUGGAAUGCCUGAAAAGUACUGUGCCCAGGUGGAGCGCAAAGCCCAGAGCCAAGCCAGCAGAGCCCCCUCCUAGGCCUAGCCCCACCAGGAUCCAGUUCCAAUUCCCCAAGGAUUUGGGGUUCCAUUUGCAUUGACUAAAUUUUCCAAUAAACUAUGUUUCUGAGAA